GUGUUUUGUGAUAUAUUAUUGAACACGCGUGCCUCGCGUGUUUAAAUUAAAUUAAUUUGUGUUAGUUUGGCAAUGACAAGUGACAAUAAAUUCUACUUCUCAAUCUCAUUCAUUUAAUACAAAUAUUUUACAAUACUUCAUGUAGUAGUCAAGGCAUAGUCAUUAGUAAGUGAUAAUAAGAUCGAAAGAAUUUUUUAUUUAUUUUUUAUUGUACAAUCUGUUCAAAUAAAUGUAGAACAAUAAGUAAAUGUGACAUUUGGUGAUAAAAUAAAUACAUGAUUCACAGUAACCUCUCCCACUAGAGGAACUUUGAUGAAAACAUUUAAUGGAUAAUAUUGUUCAUCCUUUGAUUGAGUUAAGUACCGGAAAUGAUGCCGGUGUUCAAGAAGUAGUGGCAAAAAAUUCACGAUGGUGGAACUGGACAAACCUGAUUUAUCCCAUCCCCACUGGUGUAGGGUUGACUUUACUAGCUGUACUUCAAUGGCGUCGUUUAAACAAGCAACAGCCAGAAAACGAACAACAACCCAUCUAUACGCGGAAUCUAAGGCUAUCUUUUUACAAAGCAAUACCAUUAAGAGCAAUGUCGCGUUUAUGGGGAUAUAUUUCAGGAUGCUACAUUCCACGGCAAUUGAGAUAUUGGUUAUAUACGGCCUACUCAAAACUGUUUGGUGUUAUUAUAAAUGAAAUUGAAUUACCCAUGGAGUCUUAUAAAAGUUUAGGAGAAUUUUUUGCUAGACGUUUAAAAGAUGGCGCUCGGCCAAUAAGCUUUGCCAGUCCAAUGGUGUCUCCAGCUGAUGGCACCAUAGUGAGUGUUGGACGUGUUACAUCUUGUCAAGUCGAACAAGUUAAGGGUGUCACGUAUACUAUCAAGUCGUUUUUAGGUUCACCAACUUGGCAAGAAGAUAUAGCUACAUCAAAAUUAGAAUCCUCACCAAUGAAUACUGCAACAAAAAGUGAUAUGAUGAAGCAAGACUCCUCUACAUCCAAUUGUAGUGGUUGGUCCAUUAAUUCCACUUUCCUAUUUUACCAUUACGGCCUUCUCACUAUGCACAUGUACUGCAUCAAUUUCAUAUUCAACUUCCUCUCACAAGGUGUAAGCUUUUUCAGUCUAUCAUUUAAGAAACAAGAUGUAGUAUUGUCAGACGACACACAAGAAAAAACCAUUUCUGUUGAACGACAAGAUAAAAAUGAUGGCGAAUGUCAGCCAUUUGAUCCUCAUUGGAACGAAUAUAAAUCAAAGUUGUUGCACAAUCCAGACAAUGAAUUGUAUCAACUGGUGAUUUAUUUGGCUCCAGGAGAUUAUCAUAGAUUUCACUCACCAGCUCAAUGGACUGUUAAAUUUCGAAGACAUUUUCAAGGUGAAUUAUUAAGUGUCAAUCCAAAAAUAGCCCGUUUACUACCAGAUUUAUUCGUGUUGAAUGAGAGGGCUGUAUAUGUUGGGGAAUGGGAACAUGGGUUCUUCUCAAUGACUGCUGUAGGCGCCACAAAUGUUGGAUCAAUUAAAGUACACUCUGAUAAGGGAUUGGAAACCAAUAAGCGAUGCCGUCGAAAAGACUUUAAUCAACACGAUCGUCCAUUCUCAACUCAGUGGUCAAUAGGACAAGAAGUUGGAGAAUUCAGAAUGGGAUCGACAGUAGUUUUAUUAUUUGAAGCACCCAAAGGGUUUGUUUUUGAUGUGGAUGCUGGACAAACCAUACAAAUGGGACAAGCUCUUGGUAGAAUAGGUGUUUCCCAAGUUGAUUAUAUUACUUCAAAAUAAAUUAAGUAAUUAAUAAAAAUAAAAAAAAUCCUCUUGUCUCAUAAAAACUUCAGUACAUCCUUCUUACAGACUACUUUAAGGCUGACUAAAUUUUUAAUUAAUUUAUAUCCAUACAAUAAUUAUUAAUUAAUUAUUUAGUUUUUAUGUUUACGUGAUAGAGAGUUGGAGCCCUGGUCUCUGUAGACCAGUAUUAUUAUAUUAUAUAUAAUAAUUAUUUCAAUUUAAAAAAAGUAUUUUAAAACAAUAAAGACAAUUUUUUUUAAAUAUACCCAGAUCCAAUUUUGAAUUUAAUUAGAAAAUAUAUUAUGUAUAAAUUAUUUUAAAAUCAAAAAUGAGUGACCAAAACUUAUACUUAAGUGUGCAACUAUUUUUUUUCCACUUUAAAAAUGUAAUAAUCGUUAAAAACCAACAUGAUAUUCUGUGUUUGUGUGAUAUGUAUAAAAUAUAAAAUUAAUUAUGUUAUCUAGUAUUUUAAAAAUGGUUAGUACAGAGUUUUUUUUUUAAACUAGAUAUGAAAAUUUACAUUUACCCUUAUAACCUUCUUGGUUUAAUUAUAAUAAUUAAUAUAAUAAAUAUAAUAAUUGACUUCAUUACUAGUUAUUGGAUACUUUUUUUAUAUGAAAACAUAUUCAACACACCGUAGUAAAUAGUUUAUAGUUAUACAAUAUUUUAAAAUGUUUUGUGUCAAUUACCAUUAGUUUUAA